AUGACGAAGGACAGUGGCAUUUCGCUGUGGACUCGUAUCGGGGAGGUUGUAGACUGGAAUUUAACCAAGAAAUACAGCCCUAAACGAGGCAGCAAAGAAGAGCAGGAAUGCAGGUUCUCCAAUCACCAGGCCUUUCUGGACAUCCUGAAUGAGAUGAACGACUAUGCGGGCCAGAGGGAGCUGAUCGCUGAGAACAUGAUGAUCAAUAUCUGCAUCGAACUCACAAAGUACCUGCAGGAGCUCAAACAGGAGCGCAAGAUGCAUCUGUCAGAAGCCAAGAAAGCACAACAGUCUCUGGAGAGCACCUACAAGCAGCUUGACAAUAGUAAAAAGCGAUUUGAGAGGGAGUGGAGAGAAGCAGAGAAGGCUGCUCAAUGUGCAGAGAAAACAGAUCAGGACCUCAAUGCCACCAAAGCCGAUGUGGAAAAGGCCAAACAGCAGGCGCAUAUGCGAACGCACAUAGCAGAGGAGUGUAAAAACGACUACGCUUCACAACUUCAGAAGUACAACAAAGAACAGAAUCAGUUCUACUUCACGGACAUGCCUCUUGUUUUCAAUAGGCUGCAGGACAUGGAUGAACGGCGUAUCAAAAAGUUGGCGCAGGGUUACAUCCUGUUUGCAGACACGGAGCGUCACGUCAUGCCCAUCAUUGGGAAGUGUCUGGAGGGAAUGACCAGAGCUGGCACGAAUGUCAACGAGAGGAAUGACUCUGUGGUUCUUAUAGAGCAACACAAGUCUGGCUUCGAGAGACCAGGAGAUGUGGAGUUUGAGGAUUACAGUCAGGGCAUCAACCGGGCCUCCUCGGACAGCAGCCUGGGCACUCCUAAAGGUCCUCUAGAGUUGCUCGGCAAGAACAAGAAUAAAACAUUCCGGUUGUUCAAUAAGAAGAGCAAGCCUGUGGACACAGAGGGCUUCACCCAUCUUCCUCCUGAGCAGCGCAGGAAACGCUUGCAGCUGAAGAUCGAUGACAUCAGCAAGGAGCUGCAGAAGGAAAUGGAUCAGAGUGAGGCUCUGGGUAAAAUGAAAGAUGUCUAUGAAAAGAACCCUCAGACGGGAGAUCCUGCCAGUUUGGCACCUCAGAUCACUCAGACGGCACAAAACAUGGAAAGACUGAGAGGAGAACUCAGCAAAUAUGAGUCCUGGCUCGCAGAAGCAGGGGGCCGAGGAGACUCUAUACGAUACUCGACACACUCUCUGAACAAUAACGGUGCUCAUAACCCCAGCAGUCCUGGAACUAUCUCAGAUGACACCGACUCUUCCCAGGCCAUCUACACUGAAUUUGAUGACGACUUUGAGGAAGAGGAACUCGCUGCACCUAUUGGUCAAUGCACAGCACUCUACAAUUUCCCAGGCUCCAGUGAGGGAACCAUCUCCAUGCAGGAAGGGGAGGUGCUGUCUGUAGUGGAGGAGGAUAAGGGAGACGGAUGGACACGAGUGCGCCGGAACAACGGGGACGAGGGCUAUAUCCCAACUUCUUAUGCUACCAUCACUCUUACUAAAUCAGUCUAUCAGCAGAGCUGCGAUAUUUUGUCUGACCAUGAUCCACUCAACGUGUCCUUCACUAAGAUCUUCCAUCUGCAACUUGAUGAUGUGAUUCUGCGUCUGGAGCGAAAAGCUCCUGGAACUAUCUCAGAUGACACAGACUCUUCCCAGGCCAUCUACACUGAAUUUGAUGACGACUUUGAGGAAGAGGAACUCGCUGCACCUAUUGGUCAAUGCACAGCACUCUACAAUUUCCCAGGCUCCAGUGAGGGAACCAUCUCCAUGCAGGAAGGGGAGGUGCUGUCUGUAGUGGAGGAGGAUAAGGGAGACGGAUGGACACGAGUGCGCCGGAACAACGGGGACGAGGGCUAUAUCCCAACUUCUUAUGCUACCAUCACUCUUACUAAAUGACCUCAUCCCCUUUCCACCCGCUGCAGCAGUGAUGCACUAUACCAAACACUAUGAGUUGCUUCAGAUUACCACUCAUGUCCCAACAUGGCUUGCUGCUCCUCUCAGAGGGAUAAUUUAAGGGGGAAUCACUGCACAUUGGGCUAAUACACUCCUCCUCUAAGGAUGAAUGAGUAUCUCAGGGUGUGUAUUAUGUGAGUAAAUGAGGUAGAGAAGGUUGGAAUAAUUUUUCUCCUUAUUUUGCAUGAAAAACGAUGCAGCAGGGUGCCAUGUAUAAAUGCAGCUAUUGCUCAACAGACACAUCAGUUCCUGUGGUGACUCUUAUGGUGACUUUUGAUAGCAGUCUAUCAGCAGAGCUGCGAUAUUUUGUCUGACCAUGAUCCACUCAACGUGUCCUUCACUAAGAUCUUCCAUCUGCAACUUGAUGAUGUGAUUCUGCGUCUGGAGCGAAAAGCGUAACUAUCUCCGCUGGCAGAAAUCCAGCAGCGUUUUAACUUGAAGUAUUUGCUUUGAUGAUCUGAGUGGCCAAAAAUUAUGUUUUACAGGAGUAAGUGUUGCAUAUGCUUCCUUAAAUGUGCAGUAACAUGAAUACCACAUCUAUGAGUCAAUAAGACCUAACAUUUUUGUCUAUAGAAAAUACUGAGCUCCAAAGUAAUAUUAAGUAACUCCCUCUUUCUUUCUUUUUUUAAGACUGUUACACAAAUACAUAAGUUGACAUACUCAACAAUAUUAUGACAAUCAAAGUCUCAAUCUGCAGAAAAAG